AUGGCAGCUGCCCCGCACGCACUCGUGCUCCAGGGCUAUUUACACAAGCAGAGCAAGCACCUGAAACUCUGGCGCAUUCGCUACUUUAUGGUCACAAAGAACGAAAUCACGUACUCUACAAAGUCGGGUCGUAAGCCGCGACUGCUGCUAUCUCUAGGGCGCGUGCAAGUGAUUGACGACCAGAACCGCGUGCGUCAUGCUGGCAACUUUGUCUUUGUGCUGCAGACGUCGACAAGGAGACUGUUCUUGAGUGCAACGACGGAGCAGGAGCGGCGACACUGGGUCACGGAGAUCCGUCGCCUGCUGUCGAGAGAUAUCGACGGCACCGAUCGACUAGUUGAAGAAUCGACUGUCGUUGGGUGGAAUCCGUCUGGUGCAGCAAAGAAAGCCUCGCUUUUGGCAGCAAAUAGCAUGUCAAGUCGCUGGAUUAGGUCACACAAACGCGCGUCAAAAGAGCGGCGAGCAGAGAGGCGACGCCAGCAGCUACCGAAACUGAAACGGACGUACACUGAAGUAUGGCUGGACGAGAUAUUCACGUUGCCAAGCGGUGGCGCGCACGACGACACGCCGCUGCUUCAUGCUCUGUGCUUUGCAGGCAUUCCGAAGGAGCUACGUGGGCGUGCUUGGGCCUGGAUCCUUGGUAACACACUACAAGUCAAUGAAGACCUGUUCAAGCUCUGCAAGGCUCGAGCCCAGGCCGUGCUGAUGGAAAUGUCGCUGAAGCGUGACGUGGAUCAUUCUAUGAUCGAGACACCAACGGUGAGCCCAGACGAUGCAAGUAUCAUUCUCGAGUCGCCGGCAAGAAGUGGUUCUAGCGUGAGCAGUGCUUCGUCUGCCUCCGGUACCACCGUGGAAGACGUGGAAGCGUCACUAGUCAUGGAAGACUCUGAGACGUCUCAGGCCACCAACGUCUCGAUUUCGGCUGCACGAGCUCCGUCAAUUGCGCUAUACCCGCUGUUGGAUGACGUCAGCGACCGGAAACGAGCUCGGCGAUCGUCUGCCGUGCUUCCUGUGCAGAAUAUGCUGCAGGAUGCGGUGGGCAUUGCAGAGAUGCUUGUCGCACACGGUGAGCGUAGCAUCAAGCUGGUCAAUGUUGACAUGCCACGCACAUUCGGCCACCAUCCGCUAUUUCAGCCCGGCGCUGAGGGUACCGAGCGCACGACUGAAGUGCUGGAAGCGUACAUUUGCUACCGACCUGACUUGGGGUACGUGCAGGGCAUGAGCUACUUGGCGGCCACUCUUUGCUUUCAUAUGGACAGCUUCACUGCUUUCAAGGCGUUGGUAGCCUUGAUGAGUACAAGUUUGCUGUUCGAUAUGUUUCGUCUCGAAGCAACGCGGACGUUCCAUUACAUCGACGUGUACAACCAGAUUUUGCAGCACGAAUUGCCAGACCUGGCAGCACAUUUCCAAGAAACCGGUAUCGACGCACAAAUGUAUGCUGUGGACUGGGCGCUGACAUUAUUUACCCGGAGCUUACCACUGGACCUCGCGUUGCGUAUCUGGGAUGUCUACGUACUUUUGGGGUCGCCGUUUUUUUUUCAGGCCAGCAUGGGUCUGUUGUCGCUAUUCCAGGACUCGCUGUUAGCAAUGGAAGCACAAGACAUGAUGCGGCUGCUGCACAACUUUCCGAAGACCACGUCAUCGCAGGAGCUGUUCGAAGCCAUUUCGUCGGUGAGUCUGUCGUGUCAAGAAAUCACCAAGUUGUUGGCCGGCGGGACGCUCUGGUCGCCCGACGAGGUUCGGCAAGUGCCUGUCAAGUAUCCCGAUGCGUAUGACUAG